AUGACCCCUGUGCCAAGAAGAAAAAGACCUAGCUGUACCAGAAGGAUCUGGAACAGCUCGAGAGACUGCAAUGCAAGAGCGAAAGAGAGGCCGCCUCCGUCACGGGGACCCGCCGCCUCUGCAUUCUCUUCUACCUCCUCACCGUCGUCGCCGUGGUCACCGCGGCUUCGGCGAGGAGGCGUACUGGGAGAGGAGGCGCACAACGCCACCGCCGACGAGGAGUACUGGGAGAAGCGCGCCGAGGAGGCCCGCUCGUUCAACCGCGCCGCCUACGUGAGCGACCCCGUCGCCACCCUGAACCGCUUCAACGCCGACGUGCUCCGCGCCACCACGCGCCGCUCGCUGGCCAGGUACACCGGCCCGUGCAUGGCGACCAACCCCAUCGACCGCUGCUGGCGCUGCCGCGACGACUGGGCCACCGACCGGAAGCGGCUGGCGCGGUGCGUCCGUGGGUUCGGCCACAGGACCGUCGGCGGCGCCGCUGGCAAGAUCUACGUGGUGACCGACGCCAGCGACGACGAGAUGGUCAUCCCGAGGAAAGGGACGCUCCGGUACGGCGUGAUCCAGGACCGGCCGAUGUGGAUCGUGUUCGCGCGCGACAUGAUCAUCCAGCUCCGGCAGGAGCUGAUCGUGAACCACAACAAGACCAUCGACGGCCGUGGCGCGCAGGUGCACAUCACCGGCGCCCAGAUCACGCUCCAGGGCGUCCAGCAUGUGAUCAUCCACAACGUCCACAUCCACCACUCGGUGCCGCACGGCGGCGGCAUGAUCCGCGACUCCAAGCGCCACUACGGCCUCCGCACGCGCAGCGACGGCGACGGCAUCUCCAUCAUGUCCUCCUCCAACAUCUGGAUCGACCACGUCUCCAUGUCCAACUGCUCCGACGGCCUCAUCGACGCCGUCAGCGGCUCCACCGCCAUCACCAUCUCCAACGGCCACUUCACCAAGCACGACCACGUCAUGCUCUUCGGCGCCAGCAACAGCGACGCCCAGGACGAGGUGAUGCAGAUCACCGUGGCGUUCAACCACUUCGGCAAGGGCCUUGUGCCGCGCUGCAGGUUCGGAUUCUUCCACGUCGUCAACAACGACUACACGCACUGGCUCAUGUACGCCAUCGGUGGCAACAUGAACCCGACGAUCAUCAGCCAGGGGAACAGGUUCAUCGCGCCCGACGACUUGAACGCCAAGGAGGUGACCAAGAGGGAGUACACGCCGUACGACGAGUACAAGGAGUGGGUGUGGAAGUCGCAGGGCGACGUGAUGAUGAACGGCGCCUUCUUUAACGAGUCCGGCGGCCAGAACGAGCGCAGCUACGACCAGCUCGACUUCAUCCCUGCCAAGCACGGCAAGUACGUCGGCCAGCUCACCAAGUUCGCCGGCACGCUCAACUGCCACGUCGGCAUGCCAUGCUAAUUAACU